UAUUCGUAGCUCGUCCCGCUGAUUCUACGUACAGCAGCUUUUAUUCCUCGACAUCGAACCUGCGAUCUGCAAUUAUUAUGGCGGGCUAUAAUGCCAAGAUCCGACCAGACGCUCUUGUUAACGUCAAUAUUUCAUUCGGCUUGACCAAUAUGAACAGUCUGGACACCGAGACAAAGAUCAUGUCAAUAACAGGACUGUGCACUGUUGUCUGGCAAGAUAUCGACCGGAAAUGGUCUACAGUUACAUUCCCGCCAUCAGUACAGUAUUUGUCGUCUGAAGUCUGGAUGCCCAAUAUAAUGCUCGAGAACACAGUGGAUUCCGACGCUACUUUACAACAAACAAACUCGUUGGUGACACUUUACUAUGAUGCCACAUUCAUAUGGGAAUCUGCGGUACGCACCAAACUGUUCUGUGAAGCCGACACACGCUACUAUCCGUACGAUAAACAAACUUGCAGACUCACCCUGUCAGCGCGACCUUACACGGCGGACGAAAUCAGUCUUUCUGCAUUUGAAGACGGCGUGAAUUUGGACUUAUAUCAAGAGAACUCUCAGUGGAGAAUUCUCUCAUCCUCCGUAUCCAAGAGCGAGUACGAGACAUCCUCUGCCUCGCACAGCCGUAAUUUCUCGCGUCUGACGUACACCCUACGGCUCCAGCGCUCCGGCUCGGCCCUGUACGGCAUGACGAUCUUCACGCUGAUUAUACUGGUGUGUGGCCUAAGUCUCCUGGCGUUCGUGGUUCCCGUGCAGGGCAACGAGAGGCUGGCGUACACCAUCGUGCUUCUGUUGACGUACAUCAUCAUCUACAUCAGUGUACUCGAUGGCAUACCCGAGCCGAGUCAAAUUUCUGUGCUUUCUGUGUAUAUGCUGACCGUGUUGGUAGUGAUGUCUCUUCAAACGGCAAGUUCCCUCUUCAGUCUGUGGAUUUGUCAUCGACAAGGCAUCCACGAGAUGACCCCACUUGUGAAAGGCUUCAUUGGCAGACUAGCACAGUUCACUUGCCAUCCCCUUGAUAUGGCGAACAAAUCGUGUGAGCAAACACCAUCUAACGUACGAUUUAUGAGCGCGAAACGUACGUCGACAAACCAAACUAAUACCGCACCAGAUCGGACUGUUGAUUCAAAGUCCCAUCUUACAGAUUUUACGCAUUCGCAUCCCGUGGAACUUAUCAGUAUGACUACAAAUCCUAAUGGAACAAAACCAACCGCCAAUGGUCUGCUCCACACAAAUCAUAGGCGAAAGUUGUCCCCGCUGAACAGGGUCCAUCCUUUGACAGGGGAUCAACUCGUCAAUAUGUCAUCGGUGCGUCCUGGUAGCGAUAGGCCAGUGGUCCGCCCUAGCAGUAUAAAGACAGUAUCCCGACCAAGCACCACCGGCUCAGUGACGUCCUCAAGGGAACGUCAAGCGUGGCCGGAAGGCUCGCCAUCUUGGGUCCAGUUGUCGUUCUGUUUGGAUAGGCUGUUUAUGUUGUUUUUUCUGGUUGUACAUGUGUUGGUGCAUUUCAUACUGCUCAUAAUUAUGGGGUUAGCUUGAUCAGCUCUCUCUGAGACAUACAUAUUAAAUCAGCUGUGAAAAAAACGAGCUUGAUGAAUGUGGUUUUGUCGUCCCAGAUUAGCAUGCGCAUGAUGUAAAGCUAAUAUAACACGCAAACACUAAGUUGCACGUCACAAUUUGCUUAUUCAAACUUAUUACUUCGCUGUACAUCAACGAUGGUAUUAAAAAAAUAAUAUUUGAAGUUUUGUAAGUUACAGUACACAAAUGUGUUUAUAAUAAAACAUGUAUGUAUUAAUACAUUAAUGUGUAUAUAGAAAAAAACAUGGUUAAUAAUACAUGUGUGUAUGUAAGAAUCCAUGUGUAUAUAAUAAUACAUAUAUUUUAUUUUCGAAUACAUUAACUUGUAUACAAUAAUACAUAUAUUUGUUUGAAAUAAUAUGUGAAUUGGUAGAUAAAAUACGAUUAUUGUGUCGACUUUUUAAAAACGUUUGGUUCAAAUGAGGCAAACAUAAAAUAGAAAUCGUCGCAUCUCUGCCCUCUGAAAAUAUAAUUAAUGCAAACUUACAGACAAAUACACGUAGGGUCUUUUGUCUGUAAUGCGCAUUUGUUUUGUCUCAUAGUAUAAGAGUCCAAUGAGAACCUGAACAACAGGUACCAUUUGCGAAACUGUUCUUUUUUAUACCUAGAACUUGACAGUUCAGUCUAGUAUAUUUUUUAUUGAUCUUAACAAGAUUGUUUUUUCAUUUUUGUGUGAUUUUGUCCAAGGUUAAUUCAACGAAAGUUAAAAAGGAAAUACAACCAUGUAUCAGCUAGGAUUGUGCAUGCUGUUUUACAUACCAAAACGUAGGAGAAAAAAAUUGAUCGUGGUUACUGUGGUCAGUUGAAAUAAGUCGUAACAAAAUACAUUUUUUUUAAAUUUGGUUUGAAGUAAGUUUUAUUUAUUUUAUUAUUAUUAUUACAGUAUUCUUAUAUUUAUACUUUCUAGAGUAUUCAGUUUUCUUUAGUUGUGUUAGAAUCUUCACAUAUUGUAAUGUAGAAAUUUAAUAUAGGAAUGUGUUUUGAUUAGGUUUUAACAAAAGCUGUACAUGUCGUAUUUGUAUGAACGAGUAUCAAUACAGCUUUCAUGUGUUCUAUUUCAGUGAGAUAUGUAUGCUUUUAGACAAACAGAAGUCUGUGAUAUGAUUCAUUAAAUCGA